AUGUAUGAAUAUAGUGUCAUUUCAAUUGGUUGCCUCACGCUCAUAAUUGUCAUUGAGACCGUCAGCAUCAUUCUCUUGUUUGCUUCCACAUUUGGGCGCUUCGUCUUCGUCUCCAUCUCCCCCAACUCAGCUUCCAUAUGUAACAUCAUCUGCUCUGGUCUGACGGCUUGUAAGCUAGAUGCCCAGAGCGUGCUUCUGUGUGCCCGCAACAGUAGUUUCGAGGUUAAAGCAUUGUCUCGUCUGCCUGGCUUCUGUGUUCUAAUGGGCUUGCUUUACAGGUUGGCCCUAAAGCACGUACCCGGCCGGUUGCGUUUGUUUGUUUGCUUUGGGGCUGCUGGGGCAAAUAGGAUGAGAUAUCGAGCCUCGAUAUGUCUUCAAGCCUGUACAUAG